CCCGGCAGUCGUCCGUUGUCAUCCGCUCAGACAGCACUACCCUACCACAUCCUCAACAUGUUGUUCUCCAUACUCCUAGCCGUCUUCGUCUCCGGCACGUUCAGCCAGUCGACAUGUCCCAGUGGAUGGACCCUGUUCCAGUCCAACUGCUACCGGCUCUUCGACCAGAAGGUCUACUACUACGACGCCAUGGUUGGGUGCGCCAACUCCGUCACCGCCCAUCCAAACCUCGCCUCCAUCCACUCGGCUGAGGAGAACACCUUCCUCCAGACGUUCGUCAGCGCCUACGACUACGUCUGGAUCGGACUGCACGACAUGACCACCGAGGGCACCUUCCAGUGGACGGACGCCUCGCCGGUGAAUUUCACAAACUGGGCCGGUGGCCAGCCGGACAACCUGAACGACUCCGACUGCGUGUUCAUGCUCCGAGACGGUACGUGGGACGAUGGCGAGUGCGAGCGGAAGUUCGGCCACACCACGCCGGCUAAGGCGUACGUCUGCAAAACCAGAGCCGUGUGAACGUCGCAAGUAGGUGCCUCGGGAAAUGUCGAGGAGUUUGUGUGAUAUUGUAAAUCUUCAAUGUUCUAAAAUUGUUAAGAUUCGUGUCUUUCUCAUAAGAAAAAUAAAUAGAACAACAACUAGCACAGCACGUCAGAAA